AUGAUGGGAAAACAAGUGAAUAACAGAUUAUGGGUGACGGCAAUUGGAUUAGCCAGUGGUGUUGGUAUAGUAUCAUUCAUUUUGGGUCGUAAAACUGGUGCGCAAAAAAAUGCAGGAUAUGUUCCUCCUUCAGUUCAAACAUCUGUAGAUCUUCCACGAGAUAAAAAAGGUAACCAACCAGCUUUUCCUUACGUCAAACCUAUAGAUUUCUACCAGUACGGAUUCCCAGGUCCAGUGCAUGAUAUCAGAAAUGGAGCAGAAUUUAUUAGCUGCUACAAUAGGCAAACUCGUAAUCCAUCAUGGGUCGUUGAGCAUAUAACUAGAGAUUCCAUUAAGUCGUCAAAGGGAGUUGAUAGAAGAAAUUCUGUAUUUAAGGAGGAUGAGGCUAUUCCCGAAAGUUUCAGAAAUAAGUUGAAAGACUUUUUUAGGAGUGGAUAUGAUAGGGGCCAUAAUGCACCUGCUGCUGAUGCAAAGUUUUCGCAGACAGCAAUGGAUGAAACAUUUUACUUGACCAAUAUGUCUCCACAAGUUGGCGAAGGCUUCAAUAGAGAUUAUUGGGCACAUUUUGAAGAUUUUGCAAGAAGGCUCACCAAUAAAUACGACAGCGUGAGAAUCGUAACGGGACCAUUAUUUUUGCCAAAGAAAGACAUAGAUGGAAAAUUCAGAGUUUCUUACGAAGUGAUUGGAAAUCCGCCAAAUGUUGCGGUACCAACGCAUUUCUUCAAAUUAAUUGUUGGAGAAAUGACCGGCCAAAGCUCUGUGGCAGUUGGUGCUUUUGUUUUACCGAAUGCAACUAUCCCCAAUAGCGCACCUUUAACUUCUUUCCAGGUACCAGUCGAGGCAUUAGAAAGAAGUAGUGGGUUAGAGCUAUUGAGGAGGCUUCCAGAUUCGUACAAGAAAGACUUGUGCAAAGAAACCACUUGCUCAAUUAUUGUGAGAGACUUCUCCAGGGCCACAAAGCCUGUAUUUUCUUUACCAGGAAAGAAGUAA